AUGUCCGAUUCCGUGGCCAAACAGGUGGUUCUGGUGACCGGUGCCAGCGGUUGUCUGGGCCAACACGUCGUCAAACUGCUACAGGAAAGGGAUGACACCGUGGUUCUGGUGACCGGUGCCAGUGGUUGUCUGGGCCAACACGUCGUCAAACAUCUACAGGAAAGGGAUGACACCGUCAAAGAGAUCAAAUGCAUGGACUUAAAGCCAUAUCAGAAUAAUUUGCAGCAUAAGACAGAGAAACCGAUGACAAUAAUCACUGCAGACAUACGUAAUGAGAGGGCAGUGGUUAAGGCACUGGAAGGCGUCGAUUACAUACGUAAUGAGAGGGCAGUGGUUAAGGCACUGGAAGGCGUCGAUUGUGUCAUACAUUGCGCCGCUUUGAUCGACACCAGCCUUUGGCCGGACGUCAAGUCGAUGAACAGCGUUAACGUGGACGGAACUCAAAUAUUGAUCGAUGCGUCCGUUGAGCUGAACGUCAAGUACUUUGUAUACGUUAGUAGUGUGGAUGUGGUGGUGGGGGACGACCCCAUCUAUUUCGGGGCCGAGAAUACCACUCCACUGCCGAAGCGACACAUACUUCCCUACUCUAAGACCAAAUUAGACGCCGAAGUCAUCGUCAAAGAGGCCAAUGGGAGACCACUUCCCAACGGCACAGACAAACUGCAGACCAUUAUCUUAAGACCGUCGUUACUGUACGGCGAAGAGGAUCACCAUUUCGUGACGACUGCCCUCCAGGUGGCCAGACACCAGUCGGGCGUCUUGAGGACCAUCGACAACGUGUUCGUACGGAUCCAACCGACGUAUGCGGGGAACGCCGGCUGGGCCUGCAUUCGGGCCAAAGACAAGCUCCAGACGGACGAGUCGGUGGCGGGCGAGGAGUUCUUUGUCACGGAUGACACCCAAAUCCUCGACCCCUUUGAAUUCCUGGCCCCAUAUGUCCAGUGCCGGGGCUACAGCCUGUCCAAGCGCUCGUACCCCUACUGGCUAUUCAUGUUAAUCAUGUAUUUUAUCGUUUUGUUCGUACGGGUGCUGUGGUCUGUAUACCCCAUUGAGUUGCCCAAAGGUGUGACACCGGAAAACAUGAGAUACCUGUGCAACACGUACUUCUUUAACCGCAAUAAAGCGAUACUACGCCUGGACUACGAGCCCCUCUAUGGCCACGAAGAGUCUCAACAAAAGUCGAUCCAAUACUACAAGAAGUUAUAUUUAUAGACCUUUUUUGUAUGGACUCAUGUGUGUAAUGAUAACGAAUUGUCUGAACAACAAAACAUACCAUUAAGUGAAACACAGAAUAUAUAUCCAGAAUAUUCUACACUAUACACAAAAAUUAAACCCCAAAAUAAAUAGCG